CAACCGUUUAUCCCGCCCCAACAUCAUGUUGGGUCAGGCUAGCACUGAUCUGGUCUUGGUCUUGACUCGGUCUCGGUUUAGGUGGUCUUGACUACAACACUGGUGAAAACCUAAAGCUGCUUCUCUUCUCAGAUCUCCAAAACAGAUCUCUGCUAAACAGACCGAUGGAGGUGACCUGUGAGAGUCCUCCAUCUCUGAGGGGUCGACCUGUGUGGAACGUGUCACUGUGCGUCACGUCUCCUCCACCGAGACCAUCGUCAGUUACGCAAUCUGUCCAUACCAAACCAACUGUUAUCCUCCCAGCAGUCCCUGCAUUCACAUCUGCCACUAAUGUUUCAUCACCACCAUCAGUGACGGAGCUCUCUGUCCAUCCCCAACCUUCUGGCCUGCCUGUAACAAUAUCUGCACCCACUGGACCUUGCGUGACAUCACCACCAUCGUCUGAUACAAAUAUUGUCUGCACACUGGUUGUUGCCAUAGUGGUCCUGUUUUCGCUUCUGUUGGUGGUGUGUUUCCUGGCAUUGCUGCAUCGCAGGAAACGCAACAACAAAACUGUGAUGCCUGGCCGUCCGGAAGAAAACCGAAACGAGUUGAAAGAAGACAGCCGAUCCAGUUGUGCUCGGUCUCCAGGACCCUCUGAGAAAGGAGAAAACAAUCACUGGGACUCAGAGAUGGGACGGAGGAGAUCCUUUACUGGACUCCGAGCUAAGUCAGCUAAUGCUAUUCUCCUCAUGUCUCCUUUUUGUGCACCUGUGAAAGAUCAAGGGACUUUACAAACUGAGACCGAGACUCAGUCAAAAGACACAGCAAACCAAGAUGAAGGAAAGCAGAAGCUGGGAAAUGAAAGGGAAGUAGAUGGAGGAAUGCAGACAGAAAAUCUAACAAACUCUGAUGCGAUCAAAAAUGCUGAACAAGCCGAUGUUGGUAGAAAUCAAGAGCAAAACUCCCACUAUGUUUCUGCAAACGCUGACACCGUGCCUUAUCUCAGCAUCGGUACAAACCAGAAUAAACCCAAUCCUGAUGAUUUCAUCAAACGGUCCACUGAUGGUCCAGGUCAAAGAUCACAGAUGGGAAAAGUAAUGGGGAGGAUCGCCACCUGGCCUCCAACUGCAGUUCAGUGGCAGGCAAGAUGUAAAAUAAAGGAGGAGGAGGAGGGGUCUGAUGUCUUCACUAUUUGGACACCAAAGUUUGGAGAUGAGGUGAAGAAAGUGUUAAAGAAGGAGGAGCGUUCCUCUGAUUCUGACCGGGACAAAAAGGAAGAUGACCUUGAGAAAAAUGAAAUGGAUGAUUUACAAACUGCUCCAAAUCAAGAAACUUUAAAAAUGACCGUAGCUCACAUGAAGUCGGGACAGUCUCAGUCAAAACCAGGUGACAAGACCACUUCUUUGGGCAACGCUCUUUCCCACACUGACACAAGGCUAGAGGAGCAGCUAAAGAAGGAGGCCAUGAUCCAGGACCCUGCUACUGCGAGACGGACCCAACAUCUGAAAAAGGAAAAACGUGGUCCAAAUCAAAAACUGGAAUCUUCUGAAAAUCCUGCACUGGAUAACUCCAAGAAGAGCAGCAACAAGGCUGAACAGGGGAUGGAACCAAAGCAAGCUGUGAGAAGCAGACAGAGGGCAGAGAACAAAAGCACCGGCUCAAGGGCUCCCUCCGGUGGCGCAUCGCCAGAUGAUGAAACCCUGCUCUCCGGCAACGAGUACGCCUUCAUGGACCUGCUGCACGAAGUGGUUCAGAACAACGGUCGCAGGACCAGAGAGAGGUGGAAGCAGGUACAGAUCAACAAGCAGCGGCGUCAGGAUCGAGGUACCGAAGGAGUUUAGAAAGUU